ACUGGAGGAGGGGGCGUGGUUUAGAUCCAUGAUGACCGCCUCACUGUAGUCUGUAACUGUAAGAAGAAGGAAAAAAAAACACAACAAAAAUCCGUCCAAGCAGCUCUAUGAGAGCUAGUACAUCUGCUGCCCACGCGGGACAGCUCGAGCUUCCUGGAGGAAAAAGAGGCUGAAGGCGCGCUGCAGCAGCGGCUCUCCACUUCCAGGAGGAAAUCAGUGUGUUGACGCGCUGCUGAUCUGAUCUUCAGAGGAGGUGCGACCUGAGAUGACUGUUUGAUCGGUUCCUUCUCUCUCUCUCUCUCUCUCUCUCUCUCUCUCUCUUCAUCAACCCGGGGGAGGUUUCACAGUGCAGGAGGAGCAGGGUGAGGAACUGAGAGGGCUCGAUGGAUAAAAGGUGGACGGAUCAUGGGACACCAGCUGGAUUGAAGUAAAACUCCCGCAGCCUGUCUGCUUCAUCAGGAUUGCGUCUGCCUGCCUUACGUAACUGAGCUUUGUGGAGGGACUGUGCAGAGAAACUACUGCUGCUGCUGCUGCUGGUGUCGAGCUGUUGAACCACAGCGAGGAAACACAGGUGAACAGAGAGGAUCACAAGUUUGUCCAUCCACUCAGCAUGAUCCGCGAAGGCAUCGUCUCCCAUCGCCAGUGAGUGCGUCGAGAUGAACGAGGCUCGCAGGCAGGGAGGAGGGGCUGUCACCGUGGAGGCUGAUGUCAUCCUCCACGCCGUGAGCCCUGACCUAGUCACGCCUUCUGACAAAGAUGGGAAUGUAUGUCCAGCUUACGUCCAAGGAUUCCUGCAGGACGAGCAGGAUUUCAGCCCUCCUGCAGCAUUUGAGAAGGAAUACCUGCUGGACGGGAGACUGAUGGAGAACAACCACGUUGACCAUCAGAAAGGCAACGGCUCGUACAUCCCGAGAGCAGAGCAGUUCCACCUCUCCAACGAUAAGGGAGCUCCGCAGCAAAACUGUGCAAGCGGGGAAAUCCACAACGGUGCCAGAGCUAAAAUGUCUUACGGUGCAGAUUUGCCGAGCCAAGCCAAACAGGAAACUGAUUGGUCAGUUCUAAAAUCGAACCUCGAGCGCAGGGACAGCGGCCAGGAAGCUGAAAAUACACAGCCUCAAAAGGAGACUGAUUUAGUCAUCGAAGUUGGCGGGCAGACGAUCAACGCUCACAAGUCUGUCCUGGCAGAGAAGAGCGAUUACUUCAAAGCACGGCUGUCACGAGACAUCCUGAAAGUGAAGGGAGUGAGUUACAAGACUUUGUCUACAUUAAUAGACUAUGUUUACACUUCUCAGAUGAAUGUUUCCAAGAGCAACAUUGUGGAUGUCAUCACGGGGGCUAAAAUCCUCCAGAUCCCCUGCGCCGUCCAGGCCGCCAUGGACUCCAUGUCUGAACAAAUCAGCAAAGAGAACUGCUACGAGAUCCUGAACAUUGCCAAGAAGCAGCGACUUAGCGAGCUGAAGGAGACCGCCUACGGAUUCAUGAGCGACAACUUCCUCCAGGUCCUCAAGGACCCCGCCGUGUACGGGCGCCUGAACGGAUCGGAGCGGGAUCUGAUCCUGAAGAAGAGGGAGGAGGGGAGGAAGACUCUGAUGGUGGCGGAGAUAAACGACGUGUUCGAUCGCGUCGGGAGCCGGCCGCCGAGCCGAUGCGGCAGCCGACCGCAGAGCCCGCUGUCGGUCGGGUCUUUGGAGGACAGUCAUAUGAUUUACUGCUUCAACGAAACAGCAAAUGACUGGAGACCUUUGACGGCGAUGCCUGAGGACAUAAACACUAAAGGGUGCGGGAUCUGCACCAUGUUUAACUACCUGUUUGUGGCGGGGGGGAUAAAGGGCUACGGGGACAAGGGCAAGGUCUCAGACAAGGUCUUCUGUUACAACCCCAUAACCAACCGCUGGGCAGAGGUCAGACCUCUAACCCAAGCUCGUUCCCAGCUAAAGCUUGUCUCUAUGGAUGGCUACUUGUACGCCAUUGGAGGGGAAUGUUUGUUUACAGUGGAAAAAUAUGACCCUCGCAUGGACCGCUGGACCACGGUGGCCCCCUUGCCCAAGGGAGCGUUCGCGGUGGCCCACGAAGCCACAACCUGCAGCGGAGAACUCUACGUUUCAGGAGGCUCUCUCUUCUACCGCCUCCUUAAGUACGACAUCAAGAGGGACGAGUGGCAGGAGUGCCCCUUCAACAACAGCAGGAAGAAGUCCACCGACAUGGUGGCCUUCAAGAGCUUCAUUUACCGCUUCGACGUCAACCGCGAGCAGGGGAUCACCGUGUUUAAGUACAACAGCAUAGUGAAAAUGUGGCACGAUUGCGCGUCGCAGAGGCUCGGAAGUCAUUUACCCUUCAGGUGCGCCGUGAUCGGGAACUGCAUCUACUGUGUGAACAAGAGCCAGACUCUUCAGUUCGUAGUGGAGGAGGAGAACGCUUACUUUGUAGAGGAGGCGCUGAGGGCGCCUCUGGAGGCGAAAGGCGUUCUGUUUCCUUUUGUUCUCACUUUGCCUGAAAAGCCUGAAAAAGUUACAUAGUGUGUGUGUGUGAUCCAAAAUAACACAUAAUUGUGUCAUAGUGAAACUGGAAUAAGCAGAAGACCUUAUGUACACUCUUCAAUGUCAGCUUUCUAUCUCAGUGUGUCAUUGCCUGCUUGCAAUGGAAUGUGUGUAUUUGCAUGGCAAUGUAAUGUGUCUGCAAGGUUAAGCCUUAAAAGGAACUUUUUUUUUUUUUUUUAGAGUUGAAUGAUUGCAAUGAUGACAUGAUGACAGUGACUGUAGGUUAUUUUGUGUAUUUCCUGUGUUCAGUUCGGUUUGGUGCACUUUUGUAGUUCAGAUAGAUAUUAUUUAGAGCAUAUUAACUAGCUGACUGGUGACAAAUACGUUUUGUUGAAAGUUGUACAAAAAAGGAAUGGAAUGGUCAUAGUGCGCCUUAUGAACGAUGCAACACAGGUUCUAUGCAAAUGAGACAGAAUAUACAGGUGGGUCUGCUGUAAGUUAUGGAUAAUGUGAAGCGUCGGGGUGCCGCAUCGUCCUGAAGGGGUUUCUUUCACAACAAUGACCGCAAGCUGUACAUUAUCCCGCUUAUUACACGGCUACUUACUUAAGAAAUCAAUAAUUUGACACAAAAUCUGUCCGCCAGAGUCCAACAUCAGAACUGCGCCCAUAGCAACGGUGUGUUAUACAUAGCAACAGUCUGCUGUAAAGAAAUUACAGACCGUAGAACGCUGUGAUUGACCAAUCAGAUUUGAGUAUUCAACAAAUCCGUGUAAUAAUGCAAGUUAAUAGUUACUAUAAGGGGAAUCUGACUUGAAAGGAAUACAGUAAUUCUUCGAACUAGGGCUGCAACUAAUGAUUUUCAUUAUUUUUGUGAUCAAUCGAUUUAUUGUUUGGUCAACAAUGUCAGAUAUUAAUGAAAAAAUCCUGUAAUAAUUUCCCACACCCCAAGGAGAUCCAUUCAUGUGUCUUGUUUUAUACAACCAAUAGUCCGAAACCCAAAGAUGUUUGUUUACUAUUAUAUAUUAUAAAGGAAAGCAUGAAAUCUUCCCAUUUGACAAACUGGAAGCAGCAAAUGAUGACUUGAUUAUCAAAUUAGUUGCAGAUUAUUUUUCUGUUGAUCAAGUAAUCGGUUAAUCGACGAAUCGUUGCAGCUCUACCUCGAACUCUGAUCUGCACUGGCUCUGAAUUAAACCUGUGAAUCAAGGUCAAAUUAUAAUCAGUAACAACUGUAUUAGUCUUACACCACACAAAUAUUCCCAUCGCAAAACAUGCAAACAGAAUGGUGUACCUAUCGUAUUUCAGGGGAAGUCAAACCAAAAUCUGUUUUUCAACUCCAUAUCUCCAAGAAGCUAAACACAAUGAGGUCAGAAUGUCCGAGCCGGACAUUGUUGUGAAAUAAACCCUGACAGGGCGAUGUAACACCCUGAUGCCGAGGGGUUGGUUCUAGAGUUGCCCUGAAGUCGUUUAUUUCACAACAAUGACCCGCUAGCUGUACAUUAUCACGCUUAUUACAUGGCUACUUACUUAAGAAAUCAAUAAUUUGACACAAAAACAGUACGCCAGAGUCCGAGAUCAGAACUG